AAGAAACACACCACAGUUAAACAUCUGGGACAGUGAAGAAUUGGUGUCGAGAACUUUGUAAAAUCUAAAUAUUAAGUUCUAAAUUUCCCUGGUUGACUGAGACGAAUGUUGCGACGUACGUUCUCGAAUCACGUGUCCAAACCCUGUACGACUGUCACGUAGAACGUACGAGUGUAAACAAAAACUUUUCCCUGUCCCUGUUUGAACUUGAAAACCGCACGCUGAAACCUUCAUUGAAACAAGCCGUCUCGUGGUCAUCAUCUAAUAUAGAUUGACUGUUGAGAGCCAGCUGGCAUAGUGUCUGCUGAAAUGUAGCUUCAGCCCUUAAAAAUUUUAAAAAUUUGAUCUUACAUGUGAAGAAUGAAUUCCAGGAGACCUCUGGCUGCAGGAACCCCUCUUAUGUAUCCACCAUUAUAUCUUACAAUGCUGCCAGAUAGAAGUCUGUCUGUGGUGGCUCCUAUUACCUAUCAUCCCCCUGUAAGGAUGUUCCAGAUUCCUCAGAAUUACCAGAACCCGUGCCAUUUUACUCCCUUACCACCACCCACAACUAAUUAUUCACCCUGCUCAACCUCAACACUUACUUGGCAGGGUAGUGUGCCUUUAUUACCAACACCCCCGCCAUUAAUGCCACUGCCUCAUAGGCCCUGUUUUUUGCCCAAUCAUACUAGUUAUAAUGGCUGUUUUAGGAGGCAGAAGAAUCGUACUUCAACUUCUACUCAGACUUCCAGCACACAAGAUAAAAGCGUUUCUGUUUCAUUGGAAAACGAAAUACCAUUAAUGACAGAUGACGAAUCACCAAGCCAUCAAGUUUUACCUCUGAUGCCAUCUAUUUCUUCUUCAGUGAAUUCAAAAAUAGUGAAUUUGAAAUUUCUAGGUGAUCUUGAAUCCUUAAAACGUGAUAUAGGAGAAAUGCUUAUUAGAGGCUCUGUAUAUGAUUAUGAUCAAAACAGUGGUAAAGGAUUUCUAAAAAGUGGAACCAGUCUGAAAAUAGAAGUUAGUAAGGAUGUUAUAUAUACAGAAGGAAGGCAAGCAGGUGGAGAGGAAACGUUAAGUGAUGUCUCUGCAUUGGGUACAAACAUUAAAGCAUUUAUUGAAAAGAUUCCUAUGACUGCUAAGAAAGGUGGGGCACAGGAACUCCAGGAAAUCAUUAAAAAUGAUGAAUCUGUCAUCACUCACAGAGCUGUGCUUGCUUGGUUUGGAGAAGUCCCUGAUGUUGAGGGAUUACUACCAUUUAUUGAGCAGUCAGAGAGUGUAAAUCAAGACAUUUUUGAUGAGGUUGAUGCCAUUAAUGAUAGGAACAGAACAAAAGAUCAGUGCAAGAGUAUUCCUCCUAAUGACAUUUUGCCAUUGUCUCAUUUUAUUGGUUAUAUUUGGUGGGCAAAUAAGGAUAAUGGUAUUUUACGUAUAUACCAAGAAAAAGCCUGGGGUUCUGAGUUUUCUGGAAUUCUUUUUACUUGUGAUGUGGUGCAUUUUGAAGGACAGAAAGUCAGUUGUGAAAUGUUGCAUUUUCUUGUUGCUCAUCUUAAUAGAUGUGAUGUUAAAGCUCGGAAGAUUGAUUGUAAGCAAAUACAUGGCAUGACCAUUUUGUGGGAGGCAGUCCAUGUAGAGUUUGGACCAUUUCCGUUAUCUUUUAUAAGAAAAGAAAAUCAUGAAGAUAGGAACUAUGGUAGAUGUGCUACAGGAGUAUUGUUUGAUUCAAGUAAGGUUGGUGUGUAUUCUGAUAUUCAGCUAGACAACAACUGUGAGGAUGUUGAUCAGGAUGCUUCACAAAAGCAUAUGCAAAAUAUAACGCCCUUCAGUGUCUCAGAAAACAAUGAAAAGAAUGAGAUUGAGAAAUAUUGGGAUAAAAGUCUUAAAAAUAGAGCUCUUUAUAUGAUGAAUGAACUUAGAAUUAGUUGUGAUAAGAAAGACAGUAAUAACUUAAAAAUUUCAAAGUUGUUUUUAAGAUCAAUUCCAAAUGAAUACAGUGGUAAGCAUUUGACUGGUCAUAUAAUAAAAUUGUUUUCACAACAAAGUAACAUUGGCAUUGCACAGUGGAAGAGUAUGGAGUAUGGGAUUGUUAAUAUCUUAUUUAAGCAAAGUGAUUUAUAUGUUGAUUUAGUUCCUAUUAAUAAAACAAUGGAAUUGUCAUCAUUGCUGUGCAAUCGUCGCUGCAAUCUUUAUGUGUUGCCAUUCAAAGAGCAAAACUGCUUAGGAUUCAAGGUAAAACUGGCAGCAACUUGUGGAUGGAUCGGCACUAAACCUUUGAGCAUUCCAACUCCUGGGGAACAAACAAAAGCCCAAAUCUCCCUUAGCCACCUGAAGGAUGAACAGCUUGUAAAUGCAAGUGUAGCAGAGCUUAGUACCAUUACAGUAACCACAUCCAGCUCAUCUAUAAGCAAAACUAAUGAUGAACAAUUAAGAAAGGAGAAAGCAGCAGUGCUGACAAUGGAUGAUAAGUCUACAUGCAAAGGUAACAGAGAAAAUGGUAAGAAGUAUAAUGCUGGGAGGGUGAUAGAAAUAUAUUGCAACAUGGGAAAAUUGGAAUCAGAAGAUGGUGUAACAUACUACUUUUCCAGAGAUCAGUGUUACCUGUUUGGCAUAAAUUUAUGCCAUGUAGAACUUUGGCACGUAUUAGUUCACGGUGUAGAAGCUUGCCAUUCAGGUGAAAAUGUGUUUUUUACUUUGAUCAUGAAUGCUAGAAACCAGGCAAAAAUAGAUGAAGUUAUGAUUGGCUCAGAGACCCCUAUUCUUAGAAAAGCUUGUCAGAUUGAGCAUGUUGCUGAGUGGUGUAAGAAUAAUUCCGUUCCAGAUAGUGCCAAAGAUAUUUUGAUAAACCAAAUAAUGGAUCGGUAAGGAAAUGCUCCUGUGAGACUGAUCUCUGCCACCUUGAAUUACCAGUACAGUAAUGCCACACACACUACUACUUCAUUGAUUCUUUCCAAGACACACAACCCAAGUUGAAAAAUGAACCAAGAUGAAUAAGCCCUUGAAAAAAUGAGACUGUAAAC